UCUUUUCUUUUUACUCCAAGAAUAUCUAAAUUGGCUGCAAAGCGGACAAAAACUUGGCAACAAAAACAACUCCUCUUUUAUAAAAGGAAGGCCGAAAAUCAAGAAUUAAAAAAACACUCAUGUCUUUCUCUAUUGCUCUUCCUCAAACUCUCGAGUUAUGAUAUUAUUAUAUAGCCGCCUGAACAUGUCUUUUCUUCAGAUUCCGAAUCUUCGAUAUCUUCAAUAAAAUUCACGAACAACUCUUCCUCGUGUCCUCUUCUCUCCUCAAUCUCGCCGGCUAACUCGUUUUUACCCCUUGAUUCAGAAGAAGCUUGUGUAUUUAUACGUGUUAGUUGUUAUGUGAGUGAUUGGACCGGAAGAUCAGUCUUCUUCUUCUUCAAUGGCUACCGACGAAGAAUCGCCACUUGUUGUUGAAGAAAACCACCCACAAUCUCAACCACUCAACCACAAAAGAGAUGUUCAUAUCUUGUGCUGGGCUUUCCUCCUGAUUUUCUUGGCUUAUGGUGCUGUUCAGAAUUUGGAAAGCACAAUCAACACUGAAGGAGAUUUGGGUACUAUAUCGCUGGGGAUAUUGUAUGUGUCGUUUGCAUUUUUUUCGGUGUUUGCUUCAUUGGUGGUGAGGAAGCUGGGAUCAAAGAAUGCUUUGGUUCUUGGUACAACUGGAUAUUGGCUGUUUACAGCAGCAAAUUUGAAGCCCUCAUGGUAUACCAUGGUGCCAACAUCCUUGUACAUGGGAUUUGCAGCUUCCAUAAUAUGGGUUGGACAGGGGACGUACCUCACUUCUGCUGCUCAUAGUCAUGCAGAGGAUUACAACUUGCAUGAAGGAACAGUAAUUGGGAAAUUCAAUGGAGAGUUUUGGGGGAUGUUUGCAUGUCACCAGCUUGUUGGCAACCUUAUGACUCUUGCUGUGUUGAGGGAUGAAAAGGGAGGACGGACCAGUGGCACAACUUUACUUUUGAUUCUCUUUCUCUGUAGCAUGACUUUAGGUACAAUUCUUAUGUGCUUCUUGAGUAAGAGAAACGGCAAAGAAGAAAGGCUGCAAGAAUCUCCUGUCAGUUCUUCAUCUUCAAUAGGAUCAUUGUUAAAAUCUAUCUUGAUUCUGUUGCUUGAUGUACGAAUCCUCUUGGUCAUCCCACUUAUUGCAUACUCGGGAUUACAACAAGCGUUUGUGUGGGCUGAGUAUACUAAAGAAAUUGUCAAACCUGCACUCGGAGAACGUGGUGUUGGUGGUGCAAUGGCUGUUUAUGGAAUUUUUGAUGCUUUGAGUUCACUAGCAGCUGGUCAGCUUACUUCGGGUCUCUCGACAAUCACAAUAAUAGUCUCAGGCGGAGCUUUAAUCCAGCUGAUCGUACUGCUUUGGCUUCUGGCAAACUACAGCGUGAGUGGUGGACUACUUGCUACAUUGCUUCCACUUGUCAUAGGGGCUCUGUGGGGCAUCGGUGAUGGAGUGCUCAACACGCAGCUUAGUGCACUGCCCGGCAUUCUAUUUAAACAUGAUCUAGAAGGAGCAUUUGCGCAGCUUAAGCUAUGGCAAAGCGUGUCAAUUGCAGUAGUGUUUUUCAUCAGCACUUCUAUAUCACUGCAGACAAUGGUCGUGAUCAUGCUCGUGGCUCUCUGCAUCUCAGUCGCGGGGUUCCUUUUUCUCACACUCAAGGUGGAGAAAGCAUUUUCGUAUGGCGCUGCCUGAGCUCCACGAAAUCUUUUUUUUGUUUGGUACUUUGAGGGAAUUCUGGUAUGUUUUAGUACCCAAAUGUAUGCAAACAUGCAUCCCGAGUCUGUUGCAUGUUUAUUGUUGUACAUAAUAAUGACUCUGCCAACACUUGAUGAACCAGAAGCCCCACAGAGUGAUUUCUCUGAUAUUUUGUUCUUGGGAAAGUUGGCUUUGUUGCCUGUGUUAUGCAAAUUGGGGAGUUGAACUUUUAUCCAA